AUGGAGGAAAAGUUGCAGAGGGGCUGUGCAGUGCCCAUGGUGGAUAGUCAUGCCUGUGGUACCAUGAGUCAUCAUGGUGAAAGAGGUUUGCCUGGUCUACAAGGUUUAAUUGGGUUUCCUGGAAUGCAAGGACCCGAAGGUCCCCCUGGGCCACCAGGAAUUAAGGGUGAUACUGGAGAACCAGGGCUCCCAGGAACAAAAGGAACAAGGGGCCCACCAGGUGUAUCAGGAUAUCCAGGAAACCCAGGUCUUCCUGGCAUCCCUGGACAAGAUGGCCCACCAGGUCCACCUGGUAUCCCAGGUUGCAAUGGCACAAAGGGUGAAAUAGGUCCUGUUGGUCCUCCAGGUUUACCUGGAUUGGUUGGGUUAAUAGGACCUCCAGGAUCUCCUGGAAUUAAGGGAGACCCAGGUGAAGUGAUUGGGUUUUUACCAUCAAAUGUGCUAAAAGGUGAAAAAGGUUAUCCUGGCCUCCCUGGGCUACCAGGUAUACAAGGAUUGCCAGGGCUCCAAGGCCCCAUCGGGCCACCAGGGAUUUCAGGAGUUCCAGGUCCCCCAGGCCCACGGGGUGAACCGGGUGAGAAGGGUCAGAUGGGCUUGAGUUCUCAAGGACCAAAAGGUGAUAAGGGUGAACAAGGAGUGCAGGGCACUCUAGGCGAACAAGGACCUGCCCCACAUGACAGCGUCAAAGGUUACAAGAUCAUAUAUGGAAUGAUGGGUGAACCAGGUGAAAAAGGUGAUAGAGGGAUGAAAGGAUAUCCAGGCUCAAGUAUCAGAGGGGAAAAAGGUGAACCUGGGAAAUCUGGCCCACGAGGAAAACCUGGAAAAGAUGGCGAGCAAGGACCAAAAGGACAACCUGGUGAGGAUGGUGGGUUUGGAGUUCCAGGACUACCAGGUGACCCUGGUCCUAAGGGAGACAAGGGCACACAAGGUCUUCCAGGACUUCCAGGAAGAGUAAUAGGUACUGGUACACCAGAUGCUUAUGGUGAAAAAGGAGACACUGGUCCUCCAGGUUUUCCAGGAUUAAAAGGUGAACAAGGUGAAAAAGGUUUACCAGGUGUACCAGGAUACCCAGGUCCUCCAGGUUUACCUAGCCCAGGGAUCACAGGUCCACCUGGCUUCCCUGGUGAGAGAGGUGAAAAGGGUGCCCAAGGUCCUCCAGGACGCUCUCUGCCUGGAUCAACUGGAAGGGAUGGUUUGCCAGGGCCUCAAGGUUUUCCAGGUCCUCCAGGACCUCCGGGCAUAUCAAAUGGAAUCACAGAAUGUCAGCCUGGAGAACCUGGUGAUCGAGGUCUUCCUGGACCUCAAGGACAACCUGGAUUCUUAGGAGAGAGAGGAGAUAAAGGUGAUAAAGGUGAUGGUUGUGCCUUUUGUGAUGUAUCUGGGCUUCCUGGACAUCCAGGGCCACAAGGGCCACCGGGUCCACCAGGCUUUCCAGGACAGCCAGGAGCCAAAGGAGAUAGGGGUGUGCCUGGACUCAACGGUCUUGAAGGGGUUCCUGGUUCUCCAGGUGAGCGAGGACUGAUUGGUAGCCCAGGAGCAAAGGGAGAGCCCGGAGACAUUUACUUUGAUUCUAAUAUAAAAGGUGAUAAAGGAGAUCCUGGAUUCCCAGGGCAACCAGGUGUUCCUGGAAGAGAAGGAAGGCCAGGGAGAGAUGGCCUGCCAGGUGUCCAGGGCCCUAAAGGGGCAUCGGGUACAAUUGGGCUGAAAGGAGAACGUGGUCCCCCUGGCUCAAGUGGAUUUCCUGGGGUACGUGGUGAAAGAGGCCAGCCUGGUCUUCCAGGGGUAGGACCUGCUGGACCAGCUGGUGACAAAGGAGAUAAAGGCUUUCCAGGAAACCCAGGUGGACCAGGCCGUCCAGGGCCAAAGGGUGAAGCAGGACAAGUCAUUCCUCUGCCUGGUCCCCCAGGGUCAGAUGGUUUCCCAGGGCCACCUGGCUUCUCUGGAGUCCAAGGUGACAGGGGGGAUCCUGGGAUUCCAGGAAAACCUGGACUUCCAGGAGAAAAAGGUGCUAUUGGGCAGCCAGGAAUAGGAUUUCCUGGGCCUCCUGGCCCUAAAGGUUUCCCAGGUCAGCCUGGCACAUCAGGUCAGCCAGGGGCUCAAGGGCGUCCUGGCUUUGAUGGUUUACCAGGCACACCAGGUUUACCUGGUCAAAAAGGUGACCCUGGAGUGGGUCUCCCGGGUCCUAAAGGAUUACCAGGCCCACAGGGCCCAGCUGGCUUCCCUGGAGAAAAAGGAAAUGCUGGUUUGCCUGGCUUACGAGGAGAGCAAGGAUUUCCAGGUGUACCUGGUCAGCCAGGAAUCCAAGGUGACCCAGGUUCAGCUGGAUUACCAGGUUCACAAGGUGCCCCAGGUGUGCCAGGAAUAGGCCCUCCAGGGCCCCCCGGUCCUGCAGGAGGACCAGGGCUACAGGGACCAAAAGGAUUUCCUGGAACAAAGGGAGAGAGGGGCUACCCAGGUAUCCCAGGACUAGAUAUGCCAGGACCAAAAGGAGAUAAGGGUAGCUCUGGCCAGAGUGGGCUACCAGGUCUGGUAGGUUUACCUGGCGCACCUGGUCCACAAGGAAAAGGUGGACUUCCAGGCUUUCCAGGCAUCAAAGGAGAAAUGGGAGUUAUGGGAACCCCUGGAAUCCCAGGUGCUCCCGGGCCACUAGGAAAUCCAGGAUUACAGGGUGAAAAAGGUACUUCAGGUUUUCCGGGUACGCCAGGGCCACGAGGUGAUCCUGGUUUCAAAGGGAGUAAAGGUGAAGGUGGUCUACCAGGAUUACCAGGAACCAUAAAGCCAACGGACAUGGAACAUAUGAAAGGCCAAAAGGGAGACCCAGGAGAAAAAGGACAAGAAGGACCAAUAGGAGAAAAGGGAAAAACAGGGGAUUAUGGUGUAGCAGGAAUGCCAGGGAAGGAUGGUGAACCUGGCUUCCCAGGACUUCCAGGACGAAAAGGUGAUCAAGGCCCUCCAGGAUACCCAGGUGACCCAGGAUUUCCAGGACAAAAAGGGUCAAUUGGAGAAAUGGGUUUGCCAGGAACAUCUGGAGAAAAAGGUGUACCAGGUGUGCCAGGCUCACAAGGUAUACCAGGGUACCCUGGAUUACAAGGUGCAAAAGGAGACAAAGGAGAGUCAGGUAUUCCAGGUGUUGGCAUUCCAGGUUCUCCGGGUGAGAAGGGAGAACAAGGAAGACCAGGUGUUCCAGGCUUCCCUGGUGAAAAAGGUGAAAAGGGUAGCACAGGAAUUGCAGGAAUGCCUGGUCAUCCAGGUCCCAAAGGAUUACCUGGCAUUGCAGGAUAUCCAGGCAAUCCAGGUACCCAGGGAGAAAAGGGUGAAAAAGGACUCUCUGGUUUGGAUGGCAUUCCAGGUUUAAAAGGAGAAGCAGGUGAGCAUGGUUCUCAAGGUCCCUCUGGUGUCCCUGGACAGAAAGGUGAACAAGGUUAUGAUGGAAUUCCAGGUUCGCCUGGAGCAAAGGGUGACCCAGGUAUUCCAGGUAGAGGGCUUCCAGGAUUUCCUGGUGCAAAAGGAGAUAAAGGUGCAAAAGGCGAUGUGGGUUUUCCAGGAUCCCCAGGAAGCCCGGGGAUUCCUGGCUCAAAAGGAGACGCAGGAUUUGUUGGUCCACAAGGUCCUCCAGGCCAACAGGGCACUCCCGGACUACCAGGGAGAUCAAUGGAAGGUCCUAAAGGAAACAGAGGCCCCCCAGGUCAACCUGGACUUUCAGGUCUACCAGGUCCAAUGGGACCACCAGGAUCUCCAGGCCUGGAAGGAGCCAAAGGAGAAAAAGGAAACACGGGUUGGCCUGGACCACCUGGAAGACUUGGAAUCAAAGGUGAUCCGGGAUUCCAAGGCAUUCCUGGUAGUGCUGGUUUACCAGGAGAUAUUGGUCAAAAGGGUGAUAUGGGACCUCCAGGAGUUCCCGGGUUUCAAGGUCCAAAAGGAUCUUCUGGCUUCCCAGGUCUCAAGGGAGAACAAGGUGACCAAGGGUUUCCUGGCUCUAAAGGUUUACAAGGUCCACCAGGUCCUCCAGGUCCAUAUCAGCUUCAUAAAGGGGAACCAGGUUUACCUGGCCCUGUCGGACCAGUUGGUCCAAAAGGGUUCCCUGGACUUCCAGGUCCAAAAGGACAGCAAGGAGUGACAGGACCUGAGGGUAUACCUGGGCAACCUGGUAAUCCAGGAUUUGAUGGUCAACCUGGUCAGAAAGGAGAACCUGGUCCUUCUGGUCCUCCAGGUCCGCGAGGAGCCAGAGGUCCACCAGGCCCUGAGGGUUUACCAGGGUCUAUGGGCCCACCAGGCACACCAUCUGUCGCUCAUGGCUUCCUUGUUACCAGACACAGCCAAGCCAUUGAAGAACCAGAAUGUCCAUCUGGAACUAAACUGAUGUACUAUGGCUACUCCUUACUUUACGUACAAGGCAAUGAAAGGGCACAUGGUCAGGAUUUGGGCACAGCAGGGAGCUGUCUUCGUAAAUUUAGCACUAUGCCAUUCUUGUUCUGCAACAUCAAUAAUGUAUGCAACUUUGCAUCAAGGAAUGACUAUUCCUACUGGCUGUCUACUCCUGAACCCAUGCCAAUGAGUAUGGCACCUAUCACUGGUGACAAUAUCAGGCCAUUCAUCAGUAGAUGCUCUGUGUGUGAGGCUCCUGCCAUGGUAAUUGCAGUUCACAGCCAAACAGUUCAAAUACCAUUGUGCCCUGAAGGCUGGAUGUCGCUUUGGAUUGGUUACUCCUUUGUAAUGCAUACCAGCGCUGGUGCUGAGGGUUCCGGACAAGCUCUGGCAUCUCCAGGUUCCUGUCUAGAGGAGUUCCGCAGUGCUCCCUUCAUAGAAUGCCAUGGUCGUGGAACUUGUAACUAUUAUGCAAAUGCUUACAGCUUUUGGCUUGCCACUAUAGAGAGAAAUGAGAUGUUCAAGAAACCUACUCCUUCAACUCUGAAAGCAGGGGACUUGCGCUCAAACGUUAGCCGUUGUCAAGUCUGUAUGAGAAGAACAUAA